AUGGCGGACAGCACAAAGCUCCUCGAGGAGCACAAGGCCGCCGUCGCGCGCAUCCAGAAGCAGGUCAAGCACUUCUACGACAACAAGAAGCACUUCCGCGUCUACCACGGGUCCACGAGCUCGACGCGCCCGCUGCAGUUCCAGCGCGACGCCAUCGUCGACACGAGCGACAUGGGCCGCCUCUUCCCCGUCAAUCUCGAGACCAUGACGGUCCAGGCCGAGCCCAAGGUCCCCAUGGACGCCCUCGCCGCCCACUGCCUCGCCAAGGGCGUCGUCCCCAAGAUCGUCAUGGAGUUCAAGGGCAUCACCGUCGGCGGCGGCUACUCGGGCUUCUCGGGCGAGAGCAGCAUGUACCGCUACGGCCUCUUCAACAACACCGUCUCCGACAUCGAGAUUGUCCUCGGCGACGGCUCCCUCGAGACCGCCAGCCGCACCCACAACGCCGACCUGCUUGAGCACGCCGCCGGCAGCCUCGGCACCUUUGGCAUCGUCACCCUCCUCACCAUCGAGCUCAUCCCCGCCACCCCCUACGUCCAGGUCGACCUGCAGCUCGUCGAGGACGUCACCAAGGCCCACGACAUCUUCGAGGCCGCCACCCUCGACGACGCCAUCCACUUCAUCGACGGCGUCUACUUCCGCAAGGGCCGCAUCGCCGUCAUGUUUGCCCGCUUCGUCGACAAGCCGCCCUCGCCCGACAAGGUCCUCAAGAAGAUGCAGGUCCACUGGUUCGCCGACACCAUCGAGGACAUCCUCGACAAGCGGCCCACCGCCGAGAAGCCCACCUCCAUCUACAUGACCACCACCGACUACCUCUUCCGCUACGACCACGGCGCCUUCUGGGGCGGCAAGCUCGCCUUCAAGCACUUCCACGUCCCGCAAAACUCGCUCACCCGCCGCCUCGCCGACCCCUUCCUCGACAGCCGCACCUGCUACCACGCGCUGCACAAGUCGGGCCUCGCCAACGAGUACGUGGUCCAGGACUUUGGCAUCCCCGCCAGCACCGUCACCGAGUUCAUCUCGUACGUCAACGAGACGCUGCCCGAGCUGCAAAUCUUCCUCGCCCCCUGCAAGGCGCCCCGCGACAUCGGCCUGAGCUCGCGCUUCAACGAGCGCGUCGCCGAGGUGGCCGACCAGCGCAUCUUCGCCGUCGGCGUCUACGGCCGCGGGCCCCGCGACCCCAAGGCCUUUUACGAGCUCAACCGCAAGCUCGAGCUGCGCAGCGCAGAGCUGCUCGGCGCCAAGCUGCUCUACGCCCGCACCUACUACACCGAGGACGAGUUCUGGCUCAUCUACCGCAAGGACAUUUACGAGGAGAUGCGCAAAAAGUACAAGGCCGAGACCCUGCCCACCGUCUUCCAAAAGCUCCAGGCCGACAUGGACACGGGCGCCGGCAAGAGGCGGCCCGUCAGGGGCAUCCUCGAGACCAUGUGGGACAAGGCCACCGGAAACAAGGAGUACCUGCUCAAGAAGUGA